ACACGCGACGCUUGAUGUCAGUCACGUGAGGCGGGGUGUGAAGGAAAACAGCAGUGUACAUUUAUCUGCACUGUCUAAAAUGUGUUUAAUUACAGUAUUAUCGUGUGUUGAAUGUCAGACUACUGCUUUGACUCAAGGCUUGGAGAGAAUACCCGAUCAACUUGGGUACUUGGUUAUUAGUGAAGACGGAGUACUCGCGUCGGCAGGAGAGCUGGAGAAUGACGAGCACACAGCAGGAGUGAUCAUGCAGAUGGUCCGAACAGCUUGUCGCUUCAGAUUACAUGGGACUGCAGAGCCCCCAUUCAAGCGCAUGUCUGUGAUGUUUGAAGACUACGUCUAUGCUGUGACCAUCUCCGGACAGAAGGUUUUCGUAGUGAAAAGGCAGAACAACCAGCGGGAGCCUGUUAUCGUGUAGUAAAGAGGAUAAUAUGGACUGAUCUUUCCCACUAUUACAAGCUCAAAAUGGUGCCCUCACAUAAAAAUGACCCCGUCUUUACAACCACCCGAUGUUUAGCACAAUCACACUCUCUUUCUUUCUUAAGGUGAAAUUUUGCAAUGUUUUGGGGGCCUUUUGGUGAUGUCAGGUGUAUUUGACCUGAGCCAAAGUAAGUUCAUGUGUUUCUCUUAUUAGAUUAUGAUGUUACAUGGUUCAUCUGAUUUCUUUUUUUUGGAUACAGGAUUAAAUUGUUUUUAUAUUUUAGUCCCUUUCAUACUUGAGUGGUCACAAUUAUAGUAUUGCUGGACAUCAUUAUAGAUUUGCAUUAACAUUUAACUCCAAUAAUCCAUUAAGCUAUAGAUUAAAGGAUUCAUUGCAUCAUAUUUUAUGCAGAAAUGAUGUAUUAGCCAAGGAAGCAGUUUCUUUCCAUCAAUAUAUAAUUAUGGUGUUAUAAUUGCAACUUUCAUUAUGGAUUUCAUGUUUCAUUUUUAAUGUAAAGUGUGAGAGCUUGUAGUGAAAGAGAGUGCACUGAAUGCUUUUUGCAGGUGCACGUCUUUGAAUAAUUGCAUUAACAGUAAUGUAUUAAAUAAAAUACUAUGCACAUUUGAUUA